AUGUGUGCAUCUCGGUUGGUUCUGUUGCUUGGGCUGCUUCUCUGUUUGGGGGCUCAGCUGUCCAGCGGCCAGCACUGGUCCCAUGGUUGGUACCCGGGAGGCAAGAGGGAGCUGGACUCUUUUGGCACAUCAGAGAUUUCAGAGGAGAUAAAGCUGUGUGAGGCCGGGGAAUGCAGCUACUUGAGACCCCAGAGGAGGAACAUUCUCAGGAACAUUCUUUUGGAUGCUUUGGCCAGAGAGCUCCAGAAGAGAAAGUGA